UGUGGACCUUGACUCUGCAGACACACAGCACAACUUUACCUGCUGCCUCUGCAUUCAGUUCUUCCGUAGUCUUGACGGUGAAGAAUCUGCUGCAUUUAAACAAUCGUAACCAUGGUGUCGACUGACUGUCUAGCAGGACUUUCAUUAGAGAUCCUCCUGUGUCAUCCGGCCUUAACCUGUGUUUUCCUCCUGGCCUUCCUGGCUGCCGUCCGCUGGUACAUCAGAGAUUCCUACAAGGUUGAAGGUUUCGGUCAGAAGCAUGUGUUCAUCACAGGCUGUGACAGCGGCUUUGGGAACCUUCUGGCCAGACAGCUGGAUAGAAAAGGUUUCCACGUCAUAGCUGCUUGUCUCACAGAGAAAGGUGCGGCAGAUCUUGGGGCGGCUGCCUCCCCCAGGCUGAAGACCCUCCUGCUGGAUGUUACGGACGGUUCAAGCAUCAGGAAGGCGGUGGAGUUUGUGAGCAGGGAGGUCUCAGAGCGAGGUCUGUGGGGGCUGGUGAAUAAUGCUGGCAGGUCGAUACCCAUCGGCCCGACCGAAUGGAUGCAGUUCGAAGAUUUCAAGAAAGUUUUGGAUGUGAAUCUGAUCGGUGUCAUCGAUGUGACCCUCCACUUUCUGCCACUCCUGAAGAAAGCCCAGGGCAGAGUGGUGAACGUGGCCAGUAUUUUCGGCCGACUGUCUCUGACUGGUGGAGGAUAUUGUCUGUCCAAGUGGGGAGUGGAGGCCUUUUCUGACAGCCUCAGGAGGGACAUGCAGCACUUUGGGAUCAAAGUGAGCAUCAUUGAACCUGGUUUCUUCAAGACAAAUGUGACCCGUUUAGAUCUGAUUGAUGCUGACCUGAAGAGGCUUUGGACUCGCCUCCCUCAAGAAGUUAAAGACUCAUAUGGCACUACGUACUUUAAUGACUAUUUGAAAGCUCAGGACUUCUCCAUGGGCAUCUUGUGCAGCCCAGAUAUCUCUAAGGUGACCAGAUGUAUGGAACACGCACUGACAGCUCAGUUCCCACGCACGCGUUACGCAGCAGGCUGGGACGCUAAGCUCUUCUGGAUCCCUCUGUCCUACCUCCCUACGUUUGUUUCAGACUUUGUGAUCAACGUUCUUCUCCCUUCAGCUAAAGACAAGAGAAACAUCUGAGCAGGAACAUCUGUCAAAUAGUUUGUAUGACCAGAUGAGUUCCCCUUUUACAUGAAUUAACAAUAAGGCACAAAAAAAACACAUCAAGACUGUGUUACAAAAUAGGAAAUUUAUUCAUUCAUGUCUCAGCAGCAGAAAUUUAAUCCAUAUGGGCAUCAUGCUCUGGAUGAUCACAGAUACAGUUUCAUUUGUCAUCAUCAUGAUACAAAAUAAAUCAGUCUGUAAAGAA